AUGUCCAAUGGCUUUGGUCCUGCAAAGCCAGCAUCCGUCUCUGCUCCCAUCCAGCCUGAACCCAUGCCCGAUCUCCUGACGCGUGCCUUUAACGAAGCUGUGCGUCCCUAUACCAAUCGUGUCGAAGAGCUUGAGAAUGAAGUCGCCGACCUCAAGGCCUGGGUCGAGCAGCUGGAAGCCCAGCGAAGAGAGGUUCACGCAUGGAUUGACAAGCGUGGCCUGAGACCUGACGUGCCUCCAAGCAUUGCUCAACAGAUGGACGCAUCCAACCCGCACAACCCAACCGCCGCAGCCUCGACCUUGAACGCUCAGCUGGACCGCAAGAUCACCAUUGUCAACUUUGAUCUGCACCGUCUUCAGGACGAUCUCAAUGACUCGUUGCCCACUCCCUCCUUCAGCGCCUGCAUGCUCAAGUUCCUGCCCGAUAUCAGUCGUCUGGCUGCUCUGCCAUCAGGCCCUAAAUUUGCCUUUGACCUGCUACUCAAACUGGGCGGUAACCUCAACUCUCACGGUGGCCUCGAAAACGGCGACGAGGAAGACUUGCGUGAGCGCAGGUCCUUCUAUGCUCGCCUCGAUGAAGCCAUGGUCGAUAUCGUGCGUGGCCGUUUCAGAGAAGAGGGCGAGGGCUGGGGUGUUGCCAGAGAGAUCAAGCGCAUCGAAAAGACUGGCGCCUACCUCCGCAACUGGGGUGUUGAACCCUACUUCCCUCAAACGCUUGAUGUUAUGAGAGAAGGCUCUGGUGCUGCUGGCGCUGGCGUAUAUCACGGCGGUGGCACCCCUCCUGCUUACCAAUGA